GGCGGCGGCCCCGGCCGCGGCGGUUGUGUCGGUUGGCGGCACCGAUGGACGGUUGGUAGCAGCCGCCGAGGACGAGGCGGCGGCGGAAGAUGGUGCCGGGAGCCGCGGGCCCUGCUGCUGCCGCCGGAGGAGGAGGAGGCUCUGCCCGUAAUCGUUAUCAGAGUGAGGUAUAAGCUCACAGAAUCCAGAGAAAUCAUCAUGAAGUUGUAUGUAUUUCUGGUGAACACUGGAACCACCCUGACAUUUGACACUGAACUUACAGUGCAAACUGUGGCAGACCUGAAGCACGCCGUCCACAGCAAGUACAAGAUCGCUGUUCAGCACCAGGUGCUGGUGGUCAACGGGGGAGAGUGCAUGGCCGCGGACCGGAGAGUGUGCACCUACAGCGCCGGGACGGACACAAAUCCAAUUUUUCUUUUUAACAAGGAAAUGAUCUUAUCUGAACGUCUACCUGCUAUUCCUAAAACUACCUUUUCAACAGAAAAUGACAUGGAAAUAAAAGUUGAAGAGUCCCUUAUGAUGCCUGCAGUUUUUCACACUGUUGCUUCAAGGACACAACUUGCAGUGGAAAUGUAUGAAGUUGCCAAGAAGCUUUGCUCUUUCUGUGAAGGUCUGGUCCACGAUGAACAUCUUCAGCACCAGGGCUGGGCUGCCAUCAUGGCCAAUCUGGAGGAUUGUUCAAAUUCCUACCAAAAGCUGCUUUUCAAGUUUGAAAGUAUUUAUUCGAAUUAUCUGCAAUCCGUAGAGGACAUCAAGUUAAAACUUACUCAUUUAGGAACUGCGGUUUCAGUCAUGGCCAAGAUUCCACUGUUGGAGUGCCUAACCAGACAUAGUUACAGGGAAUGUUUGGGAAGACUGGAUUCCUUGCCUGAACGUGAAGGCUCAGAAAAGGCCGAGAUGAAAACCUCCACUGAACUGGUGCUCUCUCCCGAUACGCCUGCAACAAUGAACAAACCCUCCUUAACCUCAUUUCACAAGUCCGUGGAACAUGUAGCCCCAGACACCACAGAUGCUGAAAGUGGAAAAGAAAUGAGGGAACCUUGUCCAAGUCCUGCCCAGCAGGACGAAGCUGCAGUAGAUGCUAAAGACGGUGACCUGCCCGUUUUUAAUGUUUCUUUGUUAGACUGGAUCAACGUGCAGGAUAGGCCUAAUGACGUGGAAUCCCUGGUCAGGAGGUGCUUUGACUCCAUGAGCAGGCUUGAUCCACGGAUCAUCCGACCCUUUAUAGGAGAAUGCCGUCAGACUAUUGCCAAUCUCGAUAAUCAGAACAUGAAGGCCAUCAAGGGGCUGGAGGACCGGCUGUACGCCCUGGACCAGAUGAUCGCCAGCUGCGGCCGACUCGUCAACGAGCAGAAAGAACUCGCUCAGGGAUUUUUAGCUAAUCAGAUGAGAGCUGAAAACUUGAAGGAUGCGUCUGUGUUACCUGAUUUGUGCCUGAGUCAUGCAAAUCAGUUGAUGAUUAUGUUGCAAAAUCAUAGAAAACUGUUGGAUAUUAAACAGAAGUGCACCACUGCCAAACAAGAACUAGCAAAUAACCUUCAUGUCAGACUGAAGUGGUGUUGCUUUGUGAUGCUUCAUGCUGAUCAGGAUGGAGAGAAGUUGCAGGCUUUGCUCCGCCUCGUUAUAGAACUCUUAGAGAGAGUCAAGAUCGUUGAAGCUCUGAGUACAGUUCCUCAGAUGUACUGCUUAGCUGCUGUUGAGGUUGUCAGGAGAAAAAUGUUCAUAAAACACUACAGGGAGUGGGCUGGUGCUUUAGUCAAAGACGGAAAGCGAUUAUAUGAGGCUGAAAAGUCAAAAAGGGAAUCCUUUGGGAAAUUAUUUAGGAAGUCCUUUUUAAGAAAUCGUCUGUUUAGGGGAUUGGACUCCUGGCCCCCAUCCUUUUGUACACAGAAGCCUCGAAAGUUUGACUGUGAACUUCCAGAUAUUUCAUUAAAAGAUUUACAGUUUCUGCAAUCACUUUGUCCUUCCGAAGUUCAGCCAUUCCUCAGGGUGCCCUUACUUUGUGACUUUGACCCUCUACACCAGCAUGUACUUGCUCUACAUAAUUUGGUAAAAGCAGCACAAAGUUUGGAUGAAAUGUCACAGACCAUUACAGACCUACUGAGUGAACAAAAGGCGUCCGCGAGUCAGACCUCCCCACAGGCGGCUUCCUCACCCCGGAUAGAAAGCACGACAGGAAUCACAGCUACUACCUCACCCAGAACACCCCCUCCACUCACCGUGCGGGGCCCCUUGUGUCCUGCAGUCUGUCCCUUAGAGGAGUUGUCUCCGGAUAGCAUUGAUGCACAUACGUUUGAUUUUGAAACUAUCCCCCACCCAAGCAUAGGACAGAGUCUUCACCAGGCCUCGCUAGACUUGGAUUCAUUAGCAGAAAGUCCUGAGUCAGAUUUCAUGUCUGCAGUGAAUGAGUUUGUCAUAGAGGAAAACUUGUCAUCUCCCAAUCCUGUCAGUGACCCACAGAGUCCAGAGAUGAUGGUGGAAUCCCUUUACUCCUCAGUCAUCAAUGCCAUCGACAGCAGGCGAAUGCAGGACACGAGUGCCCGAGGUCAGGAGCACUCGGGCCACCACGCGUCUCUCAGCGUCCAGUUGGAGAAGUGCCGUGUCACUGCCCAUGACUCGCACCUCAGUGUACAAACCAUAAAGGAGGACCUUUGCCACUUCCGAACGUUUGUGCAGAAGGAACAGUGUGACUUCUCAAAUUCUUUAAAGUGUACAGCAGUAGAAAUAAGAAACAUUAUUGAAAAAGUAAAAUGCUCUUUGGAAAUAACACUAAAUGAAAGACACCAAAAAGAACUACAGUCUUUAAAAAGUGAAUAUGAGGGCAAACUUGCGGCGCUAGUAAAAGAGAGUGAAGAAAAUGAAAACAAAAUCACAAAGCUGAAAGGAGACUUGGUGUGCCUUGAGGAGGUUUUACAAAAUAAAGAUAACGAAUUUGCUUUGGUUAAACGUGAGAAAGAAGCUGUCAUCUGCCUGCAGAAGGAAAAGGAUCAGAAGUUGUUAGAGAUGGAAAGUAUAAUGCACACACAACACUGUGAGAUUGAAGAACUGAAGCAGUCACGAGAGACCGUGCUGGAAGACUUAAAGAAGCUCCGCGUGGAGAACGAUGAGAAGCUCCAGCUGUUGAGGGCGGAGCUCCAGUGCCUGGAGCAGGGCCAUCUGAAGGACUUAGAGGACACUCUGCAGGUCAGGCACACUCAGGAGCUCAAGAAGGUCAUGACCGGCCACGAGGUCUGUUUGGAGAAAUUAGAAAAGGAAAAUCAACAAAGAAUCGAGCAGAUGCAAGAUUCUCAUGCCACGGCCAUCCAGGAAAAAGAACAGCAGCUCCAGGAAUUAAAACUCAAGGUUUCUGAUUUGUCGGACAUGAGAUGUAAGUUAGAGGUUGAACUUGCCCUGAAGGAAGCAGAAACGGACGAAAUAAAAAUUUUACUGGAAGAAAGCAGAGCCCAGCAGAAGGAGACCUUAAAAUCUCUUGUCGAGCAAGAGACAGAACAUUUGAGAACAGAGAUAAGUAAACUAAACCAAAAGAUUCAAGAUGAUAAUGAAAAUUAUCAGGUGGGCUUGGCCGAACUAAGAACUUUAAUGACAAUUGAAAAAGAUCAGUGCAUUUCAGAGUUAAUUAGUAGACAUGAAGAAGAAUCUGAUAUGCUUAGAGCCGAAUUAAACAAAGUGACAUCAUUGCAUCACCAAGCAUUUGAAGUAGAAAAAGGCCUGAAAGAAGAAUUGGCUGAACUGCAGAGUAAACUGGACUCAGAAUUGAGUGCUCUUGAGAAACAAAAAGAUGAGAAAAUCACCCAGCAAGAAGAGAAAUACGAAGCUAUUUUCCAGAAACUUGAAAAAGACAAAGAGGAAUGUGUCACGAGGCACGAACAGGACCGAGAACAGCUGAUUCAGAGGCUUAAGUGUGAAAAAGAGGCAGCUAUUGAGACUGCCCGUAAAGAAAUGAACUUGGAAAGAGAAGCUGUUGAGAAGGAGUUGUUAGAAAAAAUUAAACAUCUUGAGAGUCAAAUAGCAAAAAGUCAUACCAUUGAAUCUACCAAAGAAGAUUCUUCAAGCCUCGUCGCUGAACUUCAAGAAAAGCUCCAGGAAGAAAAAGCUAAGUUUCUAGAACAACUUGAAGAGCAGGAGAAAAGAAAAAACGAAGAAAUGCAGAAUGUGCGAACAUCUUUGAUUGCUGAACAACAGACCAAUUUUAAUACUGUUUUAACAAGAGAGAAAAUGAGAAAAGAGAACAUAAUCAGUGAUCUCAGUGACAAGCUGAAAAGCACGAUGCAGCAGCAAGAGCGGGACAAAGAUUUGAUCGAGUCCCUGUCCGAGGACCGCGCGCGCUUGCUGGAGGAGAAGAAGAGGCUGGAGGAGGAGGUCAGCCGGCUGCGGGGCGGCGGGCCUGUCCCCUCCCCGGGGGUGGCCGCCUCCCCCGAGCUGUAUGGGGCCUGUGCGCCCGAGCCCCCGGCGGAGGCCCCGGAUGCCCUCGGCGAAGGCAGGCUGGACUCAGCGCUGGAGACCAGCAUGAUGUCUGUCCGAGAAAACGUCCACAUGCUCUCUGAAGAAAGGCAGAGGAUAAUGCUGUUGGAACGAACACUACAGUUGAAAGAAGAAGAAAACAAGCGGUUGAAUCAGAGACUGAUGUCUCAGAGCAUGUCCUCCGUAUCCUCAAGGCAUUCGGAAAAGAUAGCUAUUAGAGAUUUUCAGGUGGGAGAUCUGGUCCUCAUCAUCCUGGACGAACGCCAUGACAAUUACGUGCUCUUCACCGUGAGUCCCACCUUGUACUUCCUGCACUCGGAGUCGCUGCCUGCCCUGGACCUCAAACCAGGUGAGGGGGCCUCAGGUGCAUCUCGAAGACCAUGGGUCCUUGGAAAAGUGAUGGAGAAGGAGUACUGUCAGGCCAAAAAGGAGUAGAGGUAGAUGGCCAACAAGCUAUCAACAUAUCCAGGAAAACUACAACAAGUUUCUGUUCUGAGUAUUAAAUUACUAGUGUUUUCAUGUGCAAAGAAGGAACACAGCAUAACUGGUGAUUAAUCUGUUUGUAGGUAGAGCUGAUGUUUCCUUACUUUUAUAAUGCUACCCCCACUGAAGAAAGAUACUGUGAGAUAUUGAUGGCUCAGAGUGCACCUGACUGAUGUCGGCAGUGUCAGUGCUGUAGAGUCAGAGAGAUCCAGUGAGCAGUCUUCCUAGCUCGUUUGUGGACCCCGUGCACCGAAACAGCAAUAGAACUUGACCUGUGUGUUGUUGAGGUUUCUUUGAUGUUUAAAAUAAUAACAUAUGGCUCACUUUGUACUGUAUUAUUUAGCAGUGAUUACCGACCCUGCCGUCAGUAUUAGUGGCUCGUCUGUUAUAUGCUCACCUGGUGAGGGGCGGAUCUGUGUCCUUUGAUAAAGACACCCCUCUCCCCACAAUGAUCGAGCAUUGCACAGUGUGGUAGGAUGGUACCUCUGUAAUUUGGUUUAAUCACCCUUUUCUUUCUG